UCAGAUCCUUUGGAAUCAAGGAAUGGAACGAGCGUGUGACACGUCUAUCAGCUGAAGGUUUCAUGAGUUCGCGCCUUUGCCAAGAUCUUGGCGAACAGUCUCUCACUGUGUGAUUGUAGCUCAGAAAUUAUUUUCUUUUGGUGAUGAUCGUGCUGGGCUGGAUGCUUUUUGUUGGGCUUGCAUCCUACAUGGGGACAUUUCCAGAGGUGAUGCCUCCGACUCUAAAGUGGAAAGAGGGGUUGCCUGUUUGGGAGACCAAGGCACGGCGAAGAAGCCAAGCUUUGGAGGAUGAGCUGCAGCUGCUGCUGUGAGAUCAGGAACGAUGUGGAAGGGAUAUAAAUAUCCCCCAGGAGGGACCCCCUUGGAAAUAAACAAAGAUGACCCUGGUGAAGCCAUGCAGCUGUGAAGAACACCCAACUGCCCAGCUCCUGUUGUAGGCUUCACAUAAAGUAAUCGCACAUUAUUUUGUCAUAUUCUGUGUAGUUACCACACUUUCUAAGAUGAACAAAGACAACCUUCUCCUAACAGAGACAGAGGGUGAAUUGGUAGGUGGGAGUGAGUGGGUGACGGUCAGGUCCUAUUUGUCAAAGCCUCUAAGGCUGAGACACCUCGUUUAAAUUGUCCCCUCUUGGGUAAUCAUAAGUAAUGAAUUUUAGACCCACUUCCCAAAUACUAUAUCCCAAAUCCAGAGUCCAAAAGUAAAAAUUAUCCCAUGGGGGCUCAUUUAAAUACAGAGGGGAGAUGCUAGGUGGUAUCUAAUCCUCAUCCAGACCUGCUGAAGUUGGGUCUUGGCCUCACUUGAAGUGACCGAAGAGAAGAGGCUCAGUAUCUUGCCAGCACAGACCUGGACACAGCAGAGAUGUAGAUGCAGGCUUCUUCCAGGAACACCUAUGUGUUGUGCGCUAAGGCAACGGUCAAAGCACGGUCUUGCUAAGUAUCUCCCUCACCCUAAAAGCAAAGGAGUUAUCUAAUGAUCCUUUUAAAAGAUUUUUAAAAUUAUUUUUAAUUAUAGGUAGGUGUAUGUGUAGGUCUGCAUUGGAAUGCAAGUGCCCUUAGAGGCCAGAUGCCUCUGUUUCUCCUGGAGUGAGUGAGUUAUAGGUGAUUGUGAGCUGCCAAUGCGGGUGCAGGGAAUGGGCUCAGGUCCUCCCCAGGAGCUUUUGGGUAGUUUGUGCUCUUAAGCCAAGCCACCUCUUCAGACUUCUGAUGAUCCUUUUUAAAGACAACAUACGUAUAAACAAAACCUAACUGCAGCUCUCAACAUUGAAUGCAGUCAAUUUAAGUCCAGGGCUAGGAGCCUAAGCAUAAAAUAAGCAGUUAAUAAAUCAGGAGUCUGAGCUUCGAUAUCUUAAGCCCUCUAAAACUGAGAUGAGGGAGGUGGUGGUGGGGAGAAGUAUUUCAGUGACUGAUGGUUCCACUGUUCAAGAGAACAGACGUACCCAGCAAAGCAUUCCUGUCGUUUACACAGAAAACACUUACUCUUACCAUUUGUUAAGAGAUUCUACAGCAGCAGUUACUGUGUUUGUGAGCUCACCUGCAUGGAGACCAAAGGUCAGUGUCUGGUGUCUUCUAGCAUCCUCCAGCCUAGUUUUUGAGACAGUCUCCCACUGAACCUGUUAUUUGCCACUUUGAUUAGACUGGCCGGCCAGCGAGCCAUGGGAAUCCACCCAUCUCUGCGCUGCCAAGUGCUGGAGUUACAGAUGUAUGCCACCAUGCCCCCCUUUUAUGGGGGACCCGCAACUCUGAUCGCAGACUCAUUUGUGUGGCAAGCACUUUACACAUCAAUCCACCUCCUGGACUGUAAGAUUAUCUUUCCUAGGGAAAGGAAAAUGAAUCCAAAAUGCAAAUGCAGUACUGAGGAAUUUGGAACUAGACACUAUUAGUAUUUCCUGUUCUCCCAUGACCUCAACCCAGCACAUUGCAGUGGGUCGUUAAAUAGUCUCCCUCCUCACCUCAUGUGCGUCACUGAGGGCACAUCCAUCGUCCAUGUGUGUCUCUGUGAGCGCAUGUACUGAGGGAGGUCAGAAGGUAUCGGGUAUCCUUUAUCACUCUGCCUAUUCCUUCCAGGCAAGGCUGGAAGCCCUAGUAAUCCUGUCUCUGCCACUCUUGGAGCUGGGCUUACAAGUGGGUGUGGGGUACUUAUUUUGUUGUGUGUGCUAUAUGUCACUCCCAUCUUCAUGGCUGUACCCUGAGUACUCUAACCACUGAGCCAUUCUCCAGCUCCUCAAGCUCAUUUGUUACAGGGGAUUUGAACCUGAUAAUUCUGACAAGAGAAAAUCACAUACAGCUCUGCUGUUUCUCUUCCAUUUCAAUAAACCUUCAAAGCCCUGAGCCACAAAACUAGAUCUCAUUGCUCUAACCACUUUCAGUUACUUUUUAAAAUUUAUGAAUCCUUUGCAAGAGCAACAAGUGCUCUUAACCACUGGGCAACCUCUCCAGUUCUCACUUGUCAUGCUUGUUUUAUUUUUUCUCGAAACAGGGUUCUUUGUGUAGCCCUGCGUGUCCUGGAACUCACUUUGUAGACUAGGCUGGCUUCGAACUCACUGAGAUCCUCCUGCCUCUGCCUCCCACGUGCUGGGAUUAAAGGCACCUGUCACCACUGCCCCGCGCACAUUUCCAGUUUAACUUGAUGUCCUCUAGGUGGUGGUGGAAGAGAAAUCAGUGUAGCUUGAACAGUCACAAGGGUACAAGGGACAUGCCUGAUCUCUGGCCCUAACAAGUCUACAGAGGUUUCCAGCUAACACAAUGUUCCAGGUGAUAAGGAGUAGCUUCAAGUUUUGAUCAAUGAAUGAAAACCAGUAAAAUAUCAAUAAAAUAUUUUAAUGCCUACAAUUUCUUGUAUACAUAAAUUGCAAAACAUUCACCUGUAUAUGCAAAAGUAUAUUCUUCUGCAGGUCAACAGCACCAGAAAACAAGCUAAGCUAUGUCCAAGUUUUCUUCUUUUACAUUUGAUUUGUCCAUUAUGUAAAAGACAUCAUGGAUUUAAUAACUCCAAAGAAAUCUAUAUUUCACUCUUAAUCAUACACUAAACACCUGAAUAUGUAUUUCAUCACAUCCACUCACAAAAUAAAUAGUCUAAUCAGCACACUGAAAAUAAAACAACCAAUCUCUCUGCAUAUAUUUAUUCUCUUUCCAAAAUGUUUUGGUCUUCUGCUAUAUCUCAGAAAUGUACUGCUAGCUGCUUCUAAGUUAUAAAAUACAAAAUAAUUUAUUUCUUGGAGAAAAUCUUGGGGUUACCAUUACAAAAAUGAAAUUCCGUGUUCCCUUAGACUUUGUGUUAAGUCUUUGAACUUUCUCAUGGCACACACACAGGGCUGCCUGUGACAUGUGGUACCCUGCCUCUACAUGGACAUGCCUGCGUCCAUUGCACAGAGAAAGUACAAAGACCAGUUCUGAAGUAGCCUUAAAACAAAGUGCCCUUUGCUUUAGCAAGUGGGACUGUGCAAUCAGAGUCACAAGUUUUAUGAAAACUACUUUCUUGUCACAUAAUUUGUUAGAGAAUGCCACACCCAUGAUCAUGUAACAUUACAAUUGUGGAACAUUACUACAUUCGAGAAUUAACAUCACCCAAUAAAAGGCACAUCUUCAAAUAGUGAAUCAAAUCUGAAAAUCAAGACAGUAGAGAGCAUACAUUAAAAAUCAAGCACUUAAUUUGUAAA